AUGAUGAAACCUCUCCUCUUAACAACCAACCCCUUCUCUUAUAUAUAUAACCAAUCCCUCCAUUCCCUAAAGCGUUGUGAAAGACCAAAAAACUUAAGGAAAGAAGAAGAGAAGAAGAGAAGAAGAGAAGAAGAGAUGGGUGUUUUAAGAAGUAUGGUGAGCUUGGGGGCUGAGAUGGAGGAGCUCCGGCGAACUCUACGGUCGGAGAUCGCCGUCUCCGACGCCGGGGCUUGGAAGAGAGGGAAAGAUGGGAUGACAGUUAAAGAAACAAGAGAUAAGUGUGUUGAAGAGGGCAUGAUGAUUUGUGUCACAAGUGGAGUUUCAUUUCUUGGAUUUGCUCUUGUUAAUUCUCUUCUUUCCCGGGGGUAUUUUGUUAAACUUCUUGUUGAAACACAAGAGGAUUUGGACAAACUUAGAGAGAUGGACAUGUUUGGAGAAGACAGGAGGGAUAGGGUUUAUGCAGUCAUGGCUAACUUGAUGGAUUUGGAAAGCUUAUGCUCUGCAUUUGAAGGUUGUGUUGCUGUAUUCCAUACUUCAGCCUUCACUGAUCCCUCUGGUGUCUCUGGUUAUACAGUAAGUAUCAUUAAUCAUGAAAUACACUUAUUGGUAUUUAAUCAUGAGAGGAAGAAAAAUGAAAUAUCAACUUUCAUGUUGUAA